UAGUGGCGCCGAUGGCUUUUGUUUCGGUCCUGCUUCGCAUAGGCGCCAACUGUUUUACCAAUGCGACUCGUCUCCUUUACAUCGCGAAUUUGCUUCGCAAGAUCGUCGCCAAACAAUAGUUUUGAGGACCGUGGCACGUCGUUGGUGCAAAUUGUUUGGAACUCGGGCUUUAAGGAUGGCCUGAGCUGUUCCCGCCUUAUAGAUGAGAUCUCGGAGACCACAUGUCCGACAAGAGCGAUAGCAUCAAUACUGUCGGUGACCAUUUCCUUUGUCUCAAUUUGCGAUUUUACGGCCAAAAGCUUAUCGCAAGUCGUGACGAUCGAGAAAGUGGCUUUUUGCAGGGCCUGCUGCAUGUUUGCGAGUCGUAAAUCUGCCUUUCUUUUGGCAGCAUUUAGGGACGCCCAGAUCUCAGGAUUAACGCGUUUGAUCCCCAGUUCCUCGCAAUUUUCUGGCUGCGGGUGUUUGCCCAGAAUGCUAUUUAUUUUGUCCGAAUUGAGCUUAUUGCCCCAUCUUUUGUUGGCAAUUUCGGCCAGCUGUUGUUGGACUUUUGGCCCUUUUGCGUCUUCCUCUUGUAAGGAGGUUACAAGUUCUUUAAGUAACUCGUCCUCGCCCGCUGUAUCCGUGUUGUCGGUGACAGUUGCGGGAUUUGAUGCCGGGUCGGCAAAUAGUUGUGCAACGUCAUCAUCUGUUGCAUGCAGGCUUAGGGAAUCGUCCUCUCUCCUCGAUUUUCGCCGCGGCUCAUGUUCAUUGUCUGAUGAUUCAACGGAGGAGAUGGAAUCGGACCGCCGUUUUUGGCCUGUGUGCCUUGUGCCCGGUGGGCUUCGGCAAGAGGAACUAGCCGCUCGGUGUGCCUCGGUCGUGGGAAGGCGCGCACACACGUCGGUUAAAAGUUGAGUCAUCGUGCCCAUGUUGGUGUUGAUUUGCCUCAGGGCGGACUCAAUAUUUCGAUCUUGACCCGGUGGGUUCGGAUCUGCGUCCGGUGGGCCCUGAGAAGAAAGCGCAGGAGCGCCAGUAUCAAUCUGAUCGCUCGCCAUUGUGCGGUAUCUAAUCUGGCGGGAAAGAGGGUUAGGCACAAAAGCGAAUUCUAAACAAAAAAUACUCACAGACGGCGAUCCCUGACAAUUAUGUGUAUCAGGCUUACUUCAGAGAUUUAGGUAGGAUGAACCGUAAAAGGUUAUUGUCGUAAAGACCAAAAAUUUUGUUCCGUGCAGUAACACCCGUGUUGACUGACCGGAUAGCAGCACUGCAAUGACCAGAUAAGCAUGCGCAUGCUUCUCAUGUAACUCCGUAGUGACUCGGACUGAUGACGAGGUAGAAUUAUGUUCACCGUGUUGUAGAGUGUUGUAUGUCAUCGCGUGACCCGGGCGAAACGCUAAAAGGCGAAUCUACUUUCGGGCGAGACGACAGUAGUUCAUUAGAAAGAAGCUUCGUUAGUGAAUUUUCUGAAUAUAGAUCGCGAACAGUCUCGUGGCUCACCAGUAUUAGACUGUGAAGAAGUAUGAUAGAAUACUCGUAGUUUAGACAUCAUGCGAACAGUUGCCUAUGUUAUUAACAGCUGAUGUUUCAGUUUAGUUAUAUUUUGUUGUAUUCAGGUGAUGCUUACAUUUUAGACAUCUCGACUAUGACUUGGUUCCAGUUGACAGUCCCUUCAAAUCCAAGGUAAAUAAAACUGUCAUACCAGCUAAGAGUUAAAGUUAAUUUGAACCGUGAAUAAUCUUAGGUAUUUAGAGAACGGACCUCUGCCUGGGGCCAGGAUGAUAAAAAACUAAAGCAGUUGAAAAAGAACCCCAACAAUUUGAAUAAUUUCGAAUAUUUUGAUUCAUUUCGGAAAUUUAAAUAUUAUUUAAGCAGUAUGAUCUUUCUCUCUGUCUGCAAAUGAAAGAAAAUUUUGGUCAGGCCUAAAAAUAGUUCAGCACCAGGAGCCAUAAUCGGGGUAUGAUCGGCCAGAAUCGGGCUACCACGAUCAUGGCUCCUGUCGGCAUAUUUUCCAUAACAUUGAUGUUUUAUUUAUCAGCUCACCAAUGACCCGGAUGUGGCACACAGCUUGUUGUACAUCUCUUCCUGGCGAAGUUGUAAUUUUUGGAGGCUGUACUUCAUCUGUAUUAGACGAUGACCCGGUAAUGUCACUUAACUUUACUAGAAGUCGUGAUCCCAUACCCUAUCUGUGGUGUCUAACACUUGAACUUUCCAACACGUCAUGAAUUAUGUGGUGGACUUAAAUUGUAGAUCUAGCGUUAAUGUCCAUUCUAUGAUGUGACCAUUAAAAAAAAAAACUUUCCUGAGAGUUUUGUCAGUACCGUUUCCUUUUUAGAAUUUUACAAAACGAAGUUGGAUAUUUCUUUCUCGGACUAACGUUGGGGGCAUAAAAUCACUGUACCAGGUUGUCGCCUUCUGACAGCGGUGCAUUCUCAACUCCACAUUAUAUACUUACAGAUUCUUUAGAGGAGUAAUGUUAUGUUUAUUAUGUUUCUGUUCUCUGUUUUUUUUUUUUAUCAAAGUUUACUCUGUUACUGUCCUCCCCAGUUAAUCCAGGCAAUCUACUUCACUGAGUGGUACACUGGAAAGUUUUAACACUAUGUGUUCUCUCUUCUUUAGAAUCACACCGCCAGUAUUCUGGUUUUUAGAUUCGCGCCUCCGCACCUGAAUUGGUAAGAAGAUGCUUAUGUAAUAUGAAAAAAAAAACCAUGUGCUUUAUUAAAAAGGAUUUCAGAGGACGGUAAUGAGUGUGAUAGACAAGCAGUGUUGUAUUUGUUGCUUUAUGUAAGAGGGUUAAAGGUUAAAGCUUUGAUUGGUUUCAUGUUCUUGUUUCUAUUGGCAGUUGUAGUUGCCAAAGGUCCACAUAAGUGCAGAACAAUGUUUUGUAUUGUUGUGGCUGUCAGGUAUUUGUUUAAGUCGGUAGAAAACGAUCAGCUAAGAAUAUUUCCAGCAAGACGAAGAACGAGAGGGGAGGGGAGGGAAUGGCGCUAUCACCUGACAACGAGAAGACAACGAAAAGUCGUCCUCCUUUUCUCAGAGCCACAUAUGCAAGCAAAGUCGUCUGUUUAAUUCGCGAUCGCUCUACUAUCUAAAGAGAAAAAGAAAAUACUUGCGAUCUACAUCUUAGCUAAAUGUUAUAACGCAAAACGAUUUUGUGCAAGGGUAAAGGAAGGGACAGAGAACUAAUUAUAAGAGGCAGGGGGUUUUACGAUUAUCAGACAGACUUAAUUCCUGAAUUUACUAUUUCCCGCAGGUUGUGUGCUGAUGCCAUUGUCAACAAGUACUACUCCACAAUAUCCAAGCAACUCAAGUCACUUCCUAAAAAUCUCCGGGCGUCACUAUUCCUUCACAGAAGAUUGAAAGCUCUUGGCAAGAUAUGACCAUCUUUACUAGCUCUUCAUCACAAUCCGAGUCCCUUCAGUUUAGUAACUUGGGUCCCAGAGAGAAGGGUCUUUGGUUUAUUUUUUAAUGACAAGUUAACUUUGUGUCAUGGUCAAAGCUGUGAAAUUACCUAACUCCGUCUUUCUGAAAUUGAGAAGC